UUACAGGCCGGGCCGCCGAGUGGGUGGGUUACGGGCUGCGUCGCUCUGAUGAGCCCCACGGGGGUGUGAGCGGGCGGGGAAAGUCCCCGCGCCGGCGGCUCCGGGCCCUGUCAGGAGGGGCUGCCUGGGCAGCAGCAACGAGGCGGCUCGCUGGUCCGAGGAUGAAGAGAUUGACAGCCUCUACCAGACUUCAGCUCAAUGAGAUGUGAAACUAUACCUCAACUAUGUGACUUAUUCUGGAAAUGCAAACAGACUUUUAAAUGCAUUGGUGCUACCAGUUGCUGCAGUGAUACAGAAUGUUAAUGACGUUGAUAUUCAUGUGCCCCAUUAAUAAAGAUGAAACAAGUAGUGUAUUCAGGAGCUGAAUGGCUGUGUUAUUGUAAAAGAGCAUCAGAAGAAGGCUUUCUGUUCUGGAUUUAGCCCUUAACAACGACACAGAAUCGUUAAACAAAUGUUGGAUCCUCUAGGAAUUUUCCUUUGUAACUCCUGUACAACUAUGUCACCAGAUCAUCUUUCUUGAAUAUAACUGCUUGGUUAUAAAGCUAUAAUCACAAUGAAUUCAGGCUUAUGGAGUCAAGAAAAAGCCAGUUCAUCCUAUUGGGAAGAGCGUAUCUUUUAUUUGCUUCUCCAGGAAUGCAGUGUUUUAGACAAACAAAAUCAAAAGCUUUUGAAAGUACCCAGGGGUAGUAUAAGCCAGUUUAUUCAAGAUCGUUCUUCUGUGGGACACGGCAGAAAUAUUCCAUCUAAAGGCAAGAAAAUGCAGAUUGGUUUAAAGGUUCUGGAACAACCGUAUCCAGUUCUGUUUGUGGAUGAGAAAGAUGUUGUUGAAAUAAAUGAGAAACUAGCUGAGUUGCUUUUGGCUAUUACCAGCUGUGAGGAAAGAUACAGCCUAUUUAAAAGCAAAAGCCGAUUAAGUAAAGGCCUGCACAUAGAUGUUGGCUCACCUGUGAGAGUACAGCUGAGGUCGGGAGAUGAUAAAUUUCCUGGAGUUGUUCGCUUCCGGGGACCCUUGUCACAAGACAGAUUAUUACCAGGGAUAUUUUUUGGAGUAGAACUACUGGAAGAAGGUCGUGGUCAAGGCUUUACUGAUGGACUGUACCAAGGAAAACAGUUUUUCAGAUGCGAUGAGGAUUGUGGAGUUUUUGUUGCCUUGGACAAACUAGAGUUGGUGGAAGAUGAUGACAGUGAACUGGAGAGUGAUUAUGCAGCUCCAGUUGACACGAUGCAGGUAGAACUUCCACCUUUGGAGAUCAACUCCAGGGUUUCUCUGAAGAUAGGAGAAGGUAUAGAGUAUGGGACAGUUAUAUUCUGUGAUGUCUUACCAGGAAACGAAAGUUUAGGAUACGUUGUUGGAGUGGACAUGGAUAAUCCUAUUGGAAACUGGGAUGGAAGAUACAAUGGAAGACAACUUUGCAGUUUUGCAAGUGUAGAAAGUACACUUCUCUUGCAUAUCAAUGAUGUUAUCCCAGAGACUGUAUCACAGGACAGGAGACUUCCCAAACUUGCCUUUGCGUCAAGAGGCGGUGGUGACAAAAGCUUAUUCAAUCAUAGUAAGCAAAAGGUCACAGGAUCUACCUCCGAGCCUGGAAAUAGAAACAGAUCUGAAUUUUUUUACACAUUAAAUGGCUCUCCAGUUGAUUCUCAACCACAAACUAAAUCAAAAAACACAUGGUAUAUUGACGAAGUUGCUGAAGACCCUGCAAAAUCACUUGCCGACCCAUCUUCUGGAUUCGGUCAUUCUUCACCGCCACUACAGCCGCCUCCAACAAACUGUUUAUCUAACGAAAAUAGAUUUCACUCUCUACCUUUUAGCCUGACAAAAACGUCUCAUACUAAUGGUACUAUUGGACAUAGCCCCCUCUCUCUGUCUGUUCAAUCAGUUAUUGGGGAUUUGAACACUGCUGCCACCCAGGAAAGUCCAUCAACAGUAGUGCCUGUCAAUAACUUGCAUGGUCUUGAGGCAGGUUCACUGGCUGAAGUUAAAGAGAAUCCUCCUUUCUAUGGAGUAAUCCGCUGGAUCGGUCAGCCCCCAGGAGUAAAUGAAGUAUUGGCUGGAUUGGAACUGGAAGAUGAAUGCGCCAGCUGUACAGAUGGAACAUUUAAAGGAACUAGAUACUUCACCUGUGCCCCCAAAAAGGCUCUCUUUGUUAAACUCAAGAGCUGCAGGCCAGAUUCUAGGUUUGCGUCACUGCAGCCUGUUCCCAACCAGAUUGAACGCUGCAACUCUCUAGCCUUUGGAGGAUACUUAAGUGAAGUAGUAGAAGAAAACACUCCUCCAAAAACAGAAAAAGAAGGUUUAGAGACCAUGAUUGGAAAGAAGAAAGGUAUCCAGGGUCAUUACAAUUCCUGUUACUUAGACUCCACCUUAUUCUGCCUUUUUUCUUUUAGCUCUGUUUUGGACACUGUUUUACUUAGACCAAAAGAAAAGAAUGAUGUAGAAUAUUACAGUGAAACUCAAGAGCUGCUAAGGACAGAGAUUGUAAACCCUCUGCGGAUUUACGGAUAUGUGUGUGCCACGAAAAUAAUGAAAUUGAGGAAAAUACUUGAAAAAGUUGAAGCUGCAUCAGGAUUCACUUCUGAGGAAAAAGAUCCAGAAGAAUUCUUGAAUAUUUUAUUUCAUCAUAUUUUAAGAGUAGAGCCACUGUUAAAAAUAAGGUCAGCAGGUCAAAAGGUACAAGACUGUUACUUCUAUCAAAUUUUUAUGGAGAAAAAUGAGAAAGUUGGAGUCCCGACAAUUCAGCAGUUACUAGAAUGGUCUUUUAUCAACAGCAGCUUGAAGUUUGCAGAGGCACCCUCAUGUCUGAUUAUUCAGAUGCCUCGAUUUGGAAAAGACUUCAAAAUGUUCAACAAAAUAUUUCCAUCUCUGGAAUUAAAUAUAACAGACUUACUUGAAGACACUCCUAGGCAGUGCCGUAUAUGUGGAGGACUUGCAAUGUAUGAAUGCAGAGAAUGUUAUGAAGAUACUGACAUUUCUGCUGGAAAAAUCAAGCAGUUUUGUAAAACCUGCAACACACAAGUUCACCUACAUCCCAAGAGACAGAGUCAUAAAUUCAAUCCAGUGUCACUUCCUAAAGAUCUACCAGACUGGGAUUGGAGACAUGGAUGUAUCCCUUGCCAGAAGAUGGAGUUAUUUGCUGUUCUCUGCAUAGAAACAAGCCAUUAUGUAGCUUUUGUUAAAUAUGGGAGGGAUGACUCCGCCUGGCUCUUCUUUGACAGCAUGGCAGAUCGGGAUGGAGGCCAGAAUGGUUUUAACAUUCCACAAGUUACACCAUGCCCAGAAGUUGGAGAGUACCUAAAAAUGUCUCUAGAAGAACUACAUUCACUGGACUCCAGAAAAAUUCAAGGAUGUGCACGAAGACUGCUUUGUGAUGCUUACAUGUGCAUGUAUCAAAGCCCAACCAUGAGCUUGUACAAAUGAACAUUAUACUCUGGAAAGGAGAAAAAACUGUACGCAGAUUUCUACUGUUGCAUUCACUAUACACCAUAGUCAGUUUUGAUGCAACCGUUGCCGGCAAUGGAUGCUAUUAUAGGGGGAAAGCUGACUGCUAGAACAAAAAGAUGAAUGUUUUAAAAACUACAUGUAGAGUUCUGUUGUUGAAAUAUCUAAUAAGCAUUUUGCACUCUAGGAAGUGUGCGCGUGUGUUUGUUUUAUAAACAAAGUCUAAAUGAAGUUGCUAAAAACUAAAGCUUUAAGUUAAGUGCAUUGAUAAUAUGUUGGUUUUUGAAAUGAGAAGCUGAAACGUAACAGGAAAAUCCUCCUUAGUCCAUUGAAAAUGUAAACACACGCUGUGUACUUGCUCAGUGUAUUUCUGUGGACCAAGGAUGAUUUUUUAUUUUUUUGGUCUGUAGCAAACAGUUGCCGUCAGGAAGGAAUAAUUUUGGUUUUAUUAAGAUCAUUACAAUUUACUUCUGUGGUCUUGUUAGCCCUUAGCUGUCUACUGAUAUCAUGCAUGUCUACUUCUAUAGAAUUCUAGGUCUUCACAACACCCAUGAUCUCAAAACUGCUCUAUUCCUGAGGGUUUUAUUCCUGUUUUAUUUGGGCGAGUCAAACAAACUGUCCUUUCGUAUGUGAUACUUUUUUCUUCAGGGACUGGGGCAAUAUUGUCCAAGCGUAACCGUAGAUACGUGAACUAACAAAUGGAAGUGUCUUUCAUAUUUUUUUUUUUUUUUUUUUGCGAAACAUAAAAUUAAAUAUAUACAAAUGUUGGAUGGCAAGCUAAACAAUGUGGCUUAUUGCCUCAGGGAGUGUUAAUAAAGUAGAAUCUGUAGUCCUUAGUAAAAUGAAGUUGACACUUUGUCCUACAACGUACUGAGCUGCUAUGUGUAAUAGGUCUAAAUUUUUCAUUGUUUGGGAUCAUCAAUGUUAAAAAUAUGAACAUCAGGAAAGAUAAAAUUACAAAUUUAAAAAAUAGCAUUUUAAACAUUCUACUUGGUACUUGAUGCGUAUGAACAAAAAAUGAAUUACACUAGUUUAAAAAAAAUCACUGUAUAAAGUAUUAUUGAUAUUUUGUGACUUGGAAGUUGAUUCUUAUUUGCGAUGGAAUUCUAUUAUAUUAAUUGCCUUUCAGCUACUUCUGUCUAAACUAUUUUAAAAAAUGUUUGGAAAUGUCAUGUGUAUACAGAAAAAUUUGGAUGUUGUAGAAAUAAUUAUAGGUCAUAAACUGCAUUAUUGUGGGUUGUAGCACAUAUUUUCAGAUUUGUAAGAGCUAUUUUACAUGUUUUACAGGAGCCUCUCUGGGAUCUACUCUGUAGAAAGAAUGAAGAACAGAUAAACACACUAUCAUUUAAAACAAAACAAAUAAACCAAAUACCAAAAGAUUUUGCCUUCAGAAUAUUGUAAAAACUUGGUUAGUUUUGCACUUUUGUGCCAGAAAAUGUAGAAUAUUUCUCUCUGGCUGUUUGCUGAUUGUUAGAUACAUGUUAGGGCAAGACUUGAGAAUUGCAUUGGAGUAGCUGGCGGACUAAAAGCUGCCAGCUGAAGGUUGGUACCAAAGUUAGGGGAUGGGUAAGGAAAUGGUUGGAGUUAGUGAGAUGCAGGGAAAAAUUGGUAUUAAGUCCAGAUCAUAGCUAAUGGGAACAUAGGGAGAGAACUUAAUCUCCUCAUUCUCUAGAGCUGCCUGAUUGUUGAGGAGGGGAAGAGACUGACACUCAAAGAGCCUCCUGGCUUCUGUGAGAUGUGAGGAGGAAGAAACACGUCUGUGUUUCAUAGCCUUUGCUUCCUCAGGUAGGUGGUUGGUUCUUUGUGCAACUCCAGGGCCUGCCUCCUGGUCCAGAACUCUGGGUGGCAGUGAAACUGAGUAACAACUAUGAAACUGUUCAUUUGUGGGGGCCGCACAACUACUGGAGAAAGCGUGCACACAAGUUGUCUUUCUACAGACUAAAAGUCAACACAUUCAGUUCUGUUACUAGGUUAUCUUAAGCACAAAGGCUAGUGACAAUUUACUUUAAACAAAUUAAAUUUAACAGAAAUUGUUUAGGCCCUCAGGCUAGCAAUGGCUUUUGGCUCAGCAGUGAUAAGUGGAUUUUUCGAGCCAUGUGCUCGACUCCUAUGCAUUUCUUUCAUUUGUUCUGUUAAUAAGUCUGAUAUUUAGCCAGCUCCAGGGAAAACAUGAGCAGCAAGCUGCCUCCUAACACCUGAGAAUCUCAGACUUAUUUGAAGUGCAUAUAGGGGAAAGGCAGGAACAUUUGAAGAACAAAAAGGGAAGAAGCUUCUGCUUAGAAAUAGCCAAGUCCACUAACUGUAAAGGUGUUGUGUGGGGUUUUUUUGUUUUUUUAAAUAUUGUCCUUGAUUUCUAUGGUCCUCAUCAGCCUCGUAUCCGAGUGCAUCUCACAAAUUUUAAGAUUAUGGUGAUGCACACAUUUGAUUUUCCUUUCCAACAAGAAACAGCCCUUAGGGAUUUUAGGUGGCUUUAUCAGUUUCUAUGAAAAGAAGGUUUCUCUUUUGGGGGAGAACUUGGGUGAAGAGGUGGAUGAUGAUCCUGCUUUGAGGUUACUUUACUUCUGUAAGGAAGAGGCAGUUGGGUGUGUGGUACAUAUCCAGCCAGAGUUAUUUUCUAUAGUUUCCACACACAGUUUUGGUGAGAAGAAUGAAACCUUCAGCAUCUCCUUUUCACUGGACACCUCUCACUCUUCCGGUCCAAAUAUCUAUUUGUGGGUUUUUUUUUUUUUUAAAUAUACCGAUGUGCUGCCAUGAAAAAUUGUAGGAAAAACUUCUGUUCCUACCAUGUCCACAGGCAAGACACUGAAAAGGCUAUCUCUAGCUCUUCAAAUGACCAUCAGUGGUGGGAAGAGCUGGGGGAAAAUUUUUAAUGGAAAAAUGCAGAUUGGCAUUGACCAAAAUAUUUUGCAAAUGUGUUGAAUGUGUGGAAUUGUCAGUCAGAAAAAAAUCAGUUUCAAGAUUUUCAAAACAAAACUUGAUUUUUUUUUUCUAUUCAAAUUGACUUUUUAAGAAAAGUACUUUUUUUCAAAACAAAAUUUAACUCAAAGGAAAUAUUUUUGUUGGGGUUGGGGGGAGCAAACAAAAAACCAGUGGCAGGCUUGUGCAGUCAUUUUAGCUGAAAGUAUUCAAAUAAACUGAGAGAGAGCUUAGAAAAAUCAAUCAGAGCUGAGUAGUUCCACUGACCCAAAUGUUUCAGAGAGAAUAGAAAUGACUACUGACCAAUGUGAGUAAGGGCCAAUAUAAAUGGCCUCUUGGCUUCUCCCUCUCAAAUCAUUGGACUUCUUUCCAAAGAGAGUGAUUUCUUACAUAAAUACUUUUUUCACUGUUAUACUUGGAAAAUUUGUAUAAAGAAUUGAGGGAAUGUCUGUGUUGCUUUGUACAUUUUUGGUGAUUGUCUAAUAUCGUUUUAAUAAUCGGGUUGUGCAGUAUGCAUUUGUUUAAUUAUGAACCACUCACCACUUUGGGGAUUGUAUGUUAAUACGGUGGUUUGCUAUAUAGCUCGUAAUCUAGUCUUGAGGAGUUAAAAUAGGUGGGAGAGAUGCUUGUAGUAGUUUGGAAACACUUUUGAGGAAGAAAGGAACUAUUUUUCUAAUCUCAAUCUUCGUAUUACUCUAUGGCAUAGUUUUGCAUCAGAUUAGAGAAACAGAUACAUACUCUGACACAGUAUAGUGUGUUUUAAAGAGUAUGGAAGUUGACCAUUCUGGUUCUCUUUACUGAAAGCAUUAUGCAAAUAUAUAAAACUGACUUCAAUAAGAGAAGUUUAAACUAUGAAGAAUAACUUGUGAAUAAUGUACAAAUUUACCAGAGUGAUGUAAAUCCAAGGCAGUUACCCCAUCUUAUUUAUGAGGCAACAAAAAAAUGAAAAGGAAUUUGAGAUUCUGUAGGGAAGAAAAGAUGCUUUCUUUACACUCCAUUAUUUCCUGGAAAGGGAGCUUACAGAAAGUCAGCAUUUUUUAAGCAGUUACCACUGUUUUAUACAAUGCCAACAUGCAUUUGGGGGAGACUUUUUUUUCCAAAUCACCAAAGGGCAAUUGGUUGCCCAAGUCCCUGAUGUUCAGUGGGAAUUGGAUGUUUAGCAUCCUUUUUAUUAUUUUGAAAAUCUCCCUUUUCAGUUCUUACACUAUCGUAAUGAAGUGCCUGUCUUCUCCUGAAGUAAUGAUGUUCAGAGGAUAGGAUUUUAUUAUUUAAACUAAGAUUUCCCUUCUGCAAGUGUGCUUAAGGAAAACUUUAAACCACUAAAAUUGAUGUGAAAAUAACAUGGUUCACCAUCAUGAAUUUUAACUUCUAAAUACCUUUUAAAUUGGAUAGAUGGCCCCAGGAACAGCACAUAACACACCCGUGUAUUAAGUUUUAGUUCAAUGAACAAACUUGGAAUCAAUGGAAACAUGAACAGGUCACACCAAUGGUCAUAUACUUAGGCUGGGGUUAUGAGGUCAGAGAAAGGUUACUAAAGCAAUUCCUUGCACAUACAUCAAUGCACAAGCAGCAUAGAUUCGUGCAUUACACACAGCUGCUUCUGGUUUUUCGGUUUGGAGGUGAUGGAAGAAAAACGUAUGAAGACCUAUGUUCAGUUGAGGUCUUUUCAGUGACUGUCUUGUCGUUUUCUGUGCAAUGAAUUUCUAAUGUAUUUGAUGUUUGUUCUGAUAUUCGGCUCUUAGAAAUGUAAUUGUGUUUUUAUUAUAUGGGGUGAGAAUUUUCCUUUUAAGGAACUGUAGCUGUAACAAUUAUUACUCAUGGUCAUAAGCAGUCAGUUACUUCAGUUCAAUACAUUUUUUUAAAAAAAAAUUUUUUUAUUGUGCACUUUACACUCCUUUGGAAUGGAUGAGCUUGUCACCUCAGUCCUUGAUAGUCUGCUUUGUAGUAUUAAACCACAAAAUGUUUUCUGUUUGACUCCUACAGUUCAAAGAUUGAGUUGGCAUGAAGGUUAAAUUAAGCUUUACCUUUAUUAAGGCUGCCUGUUUUAAGGUCUGAGUUAAUUGUUCUGCCAUUGUAAUGAAGCAUGUUUUGCAUUUGUCUGCUCUAUUUUUGGUAUUUUGUUAAAUAAACAUACCAAGUUUUUGUGCA